UGCAAUGCAACUACUUGUAACGAAGUUUUUAAAACUUCCUUUUUUAUUAUAAUUAAGCAAAAUUAUAUGAUACAGUGAUGUAUGAAGGAUCCUUGUGUGUGUGCUGCAUGUCCACUGAGGAUUUAGUAGAGUUAUUUGUGACAAAAACAGCAAAUAACGUUGAAGAAAAUUACGCGAGUAUGCUGGCGGCUUGUUUGAACGUUCAGUUAUCAGAAACAACGGGACAUGACCACAUCUGUAUUAUUUGUGUAUCCAAGCUAAAAGACUGUGUCGCUUUUAAAAAACAAGUUCUUAGAAGUAUUUCCAUUCUUACGUCUGCUGACGUAACUUCUCUAACAAGCAAUGAAGAAAUAUCCAUCCUAGGCCUGAAUAGAGUGAACGAGACAACAUCACCAAUAAAAGAAAAAAUAAAUGAAUCUCAAUUCAGGACUGAACGAAAUGAAGAACCAAAUGUUGUUAUAAACAAUAUUGAGGUUAUAUCACUAUGUAACAGUAUUAAGGAUGGUUUCGAACAAAAAAAAAGUAAUUCGAAACAUGAAGGUAAAUCAAAUCAAAAGGAUCAACCUAAGCUGCAAGCAAAGGUGGCAAAGGAUAAAAAGAAAGCUCUGAUGAAGCGGCCCGUGGGCAGACCACGCAAAAGACCUCAAGACACUCUGCCGUACAGUAUAGCCAAAGAUGAACUAACGUGUCGGGAAUGCGGAGAGGUGUUUCCGUGUAACGUUACUCUUAAGGUUCACUACAAUACUCAUUUUGGCAACCACACCUGCGGGGAGUGUGGCAAGGGCUUCGUGACAUACUCGAGCCUGAAGAAGCAUGAGACUAGCCACCUGGAGGGGCCGUUCCAGUGCGACGCUUGUGGCCAGGAAUUCCGCAACAUAAACACAUUGAAGAGCCACGUGCGCUACAAGCACGCCCACGGGCCGCGCUACCGCUGCGCGGCCUGCGGCGCGCGCUUCCUCACGGCGCACCGCCGCCAGCGCCACCUGGCCGAUGUGCACGCGCAGCUGCGCCGGUACCCCUGCACCUACUGCCACUACACUGCUGCCACUGCUGCCGAGCGUUCCAAGCACGUAGCAUACAACCACGAAGCGAAGUUCUAUCCUUGCCCCGUCUGCGGGGUGCGCUGUCGCCGGCAAAGACUGCGUGCGCAUAUCGCCACACACACUGGCAAGGCGGAUCUCAAGCCAAGGACUGUCACCAAAACUGAGGAUCGAAGGUUCGCGUGCAGAUUGUGCGACAAGGCAUUUUCCCAGAAGGUAACACUGAAGUACCACAUCGGAACCCACGUCAGGAAGGGCGAGUAUCACGGCGACCCUGGGUUUCUUAUCAUCGAUCGGAGACACGACGGGGCUAAUGAUACUGGCUUAUUAGAAGAUAACUUAGAAGAGCAUCUUGACGAGAGCAUUUUAUCAGAUGACCUAAAGGACGUACCACACGAGCGGGUCGAUAUCGAAAAUGUCGAUCGCGACGACGCUAAAGACAUGGACGGCGUUGUCGACGAAGCAGAUAUAGAAAGCGACGGAUAUGAGAUUUACACCGACGUCGGGUUUAGCUUGCCAAGUGAUUUUGAUGACUGAUUUAAUAAAAUUUAAAACGUUUCGACUUCCUUGUAA